GGAUGUUUAAAACUGCUAAACAUUCUUCAAGACAGCACAUUACUAGUUCACGGAAACUGUAACGAAGGCGAAUAUUGAGGAUUAAAAUAUUUGUUUGAAUUUAUUUUCAUAAAAAACUGUUCGAAAUGCCGCAUAGAACAGCUGCUCAGAAAAUUGCUCAGAAAAACAUGGAGAACGGAAGCGGAUACGAUAGAGGACGUAGAGGGAGUACUUACAUUCAAGUGCGCAUGCCCAAUCGCCCGGACAGGCCAUAUAUUGAUACAGAGGACUCGUCUGACAACUCCAAAGAGGACUAUGAUCCAACUGAUCGGAUUCAGAACUUACUGAACUCAGUAAAAGACGAGGCUCAUAAAACCCACAGCAUUUUCAGUGAAUUAGAUGUACUCCGAAGGUACAACGAUGCCUACGAAUGGAGAGAAGCAGCAAGAUGGGUUAAGUACGAAGAGAAUGUUGAAGAGGGCGGUAAACGUUGGUCCAAACCCCACGUAGCCUCGCUCUCCAUGAAAUCCCUAUUUGACCUAAGAGGAGCUAUUGCAGAAGGAGCCGUCAUUCUUGAUUUAGAUUCGUACAGCAUAUCUGAGAUCGUAGAUAACGUCCUUGAUUGUUGGAUCGAUGCCGGACAUCUGGACAGUAAGAUGCGCGUGCAUGUGAGGAACGUGUCCCUGAAGGAACACAAGCAUCGCCAUACAAAACGGCCUAAAAAUAGUCGUUCUGUAUCAAAAAAUCUUGGAGAGAUCGGCGAUGAUCCAGAGUAUGGAGGAAGUGCUGCCUAUCUGAAUAGCGGAGCGAGUUUCGCAAGUAUAGACAGCGUCAGCGGAAUCCCGACCUCAAACAGUGCCGGUGAUAUCCAAAACGAGGCUGAUAACCCAUCCUCGUCUUACUACAAGCCAAACACUAACUUCAUGCGCAAGAUUCCAAAGGACGCCGAGGUAGCUAGCGUGAUGAUUGGGGAGAUUGAUGACCUCGAUAGUCGUAUAGUGGCCUUUGUACGACUCAAAGAGCCACGAAACCUUGGAGAUCUGUGUGAGAUCGCCAAGCCUGUCCGCUUUCUUUUCUUCUGCUUCGGACCCAAGGGUAGCGAGACGGACUGCAUGGAAAUUGGGCGAUGUAUUUCCACCAUGCUUGUUGAUGACAUUUUCCGAGAGGUGGCAUACAAGAGUCGCGAUGAUGAAGAUUUCAAGGCAGGAAUUGAUGAGUUUAUGAAUCAGGUCACAGUGCUUCCCCCUGGCGAGUGGGAUCCAAAAAUCAGGAUUGAACCGCCAAACAAGGUCCCUUCACAGGAGUUCCGGCGCGCCUCGGUCCACAAUGUAGCUAGUGGCGUCUUAGAUCAGAAGAGUGAAUCAUCAGAGGACGACCAUGGCGGACAUGAUGAUCCUGCACUUGAGCUCUCCAAAAUACCGUUUAAGGGUCUGUAUGACGACAUCAAGAGAAAGAUCCCGUGGUACUGGAGCGACUACAAAGACGCGAUUCACAUCCAGUGUCUAGCCUCCUUUGUCUACGUAUUUCUGGGAACUCUCACGCCCAAUGUCACCUUUGGGGGUCUCUUAGGGGAGGCCACAGACCAGUAUAUGGGAGUGAUGGAGUGUAUAUUCGCCGCUGCGGUGACGGGCAUUUUGUUCGCCCUGUUUGGAGGUCAACCUCUCAACAUUCUCGGCAGUACCGGACCCAUGUUGGUGCUUGAGUCCAUCAUCUACAACCUCUGCAAGGACAACGACUGGGAAUUCAUGCCAGUUCGGUUCUGGGUAGGAAUGUGGACAGUGUUUAUUAUUAUGGUGAUUGUGACCUUUAACCUCAGUGCUUGGGUGAAAUAUAUAACUCGAUUCACGGAAGACAGUUUUGCGACUCUCAUUGCGAUCAUCUUUAUAGUGGAGGCUUUCAAAAAGGUGGGAGAUAUCGGCAAGGAAAACCCGGUAAAUCUUAACCCACACGACCCCAUUCCAACCGAAUGCACGUGUAUUCCACGCAACUGCACAGGAAUCUGGGACGCAAAUAAUACAGCAACGAACAUGACGACAACAACGUUAGGGUACACUUGCGAUGACGUGUCAAAUUUUACCGAUUCGAUGUGGGGUACCAUGUCCGUCAUGGCUUGUGAAUCGUAUGGAGGAACUCCAGUCGGACCCGGAUGUAACCCACCUCACUACGUAUCCGACGUUUUCUUCUUUUCCAUCCUGCUCUUUAUCGGAACUUUCAGCACCGCGGUCGCCCUGGUGGAGUUUAAGAGUAGCACACUCUUCCCUGCUGUGGUCCGUCAAAGAAUCAGCGACUUCGCCGUACUGAUCGCCAUCGUUGUCAUGGUGUUGAUCGACUACUUUAUUGGAAUUGAAACACCAAAACUGACCGUCCCAGAUGAGUUUAAGCCGACCAAGCCCGGACGAGGCUGGGUGGUGAACCCCUUCAGCGAGAGAAACCCCUGGUGGUUGUAUAUAGCUACCGUCGUACCUGCUAUCCUAUCUACCAUCCUUAUCUUCCUCGACCAGCAAAUCACCGCCGUCAUUGUCAACAGGAAGGAGAACAAGCUGAAGAAAGGUGUCGGUUACCAUCUGGACAUGUUCGUGGUAGCCAUUGUCGUGGGUAUCCAUUCUGUGCUUGGUCUGCCAUGGUACGUAGCCGCCACCGUCUCCGCUCUCGCCCACAUCAACAGUCUCAAGAAAGAAUCCGAAUGUACCGCUCCGGGAGAGAAACCUACAUUCCUCGGCAUCAGGGAACAGAGAGUGACCGCCCUCUUUAUCGGCAUCCUUAGUGGUCUUGCUGUCCUCAUCACCCCCGUCCUCAAGAUGAUCCCCAUGCCUGUGCUUUAUGGUGUGUUCCUGUACAUGGGUUUCUCCGCUCUCAGAGGCAUGCAGUUCGUGGACCGAUUAUUCCUGUUCUUCCAGCCUGUUAAAUACCAGCCGGACUUGCCUUACAUUCGUCACGUCCCUCUGUGGAGGAUCCAUAUGUUUACCAUUAUCCAAAUCCUGUGUCUCGUCAUUCUGUGGGUCGUGAAGACCAUCAAAGCUAUCUCUAUUGGAUUCCCUCUCUUGGUACUUGCGACUGGUGUUGUCAGGAAAUUGUUGGAAUGCGUGUACACACAGAACGAGCUACGUUACAUAGACGAUCUGCUCCCUGGCGUCAAAGACAAGGGAAAGGAUAAGGAAAAGCACUCCGUGCCAUAUAAAUCCUUCGAUGGAAAUGGGAGCUCAGGCAAAAAUGGUGUGAAAAAUGGCGACUCCUUAUCCAAACCCUCCUUCUUCCUAUCCGAGGAAUGUGAACUCAACAAGAGAUCUGGUGGGAAUUCCAAAAACACCAAACUUUAAUUGUGUUUGUGACUACCAUGAUAUCAAACAGAAACUUAUUUAGUAAUGGCACGGCGAGUGUCGUGAUAGUAUACGUCAUUGUGUUAGCCCAGCCAAUCAGACACCGGCUAAGGAUCACGUGACAGAUUUCUACACCAACAUGAUGCUUCGCCAUUAUUUUUUCACUUUCUAUAUGAAGGAAUAUGAAAAUAUGAUAAUUAUAUUUUUGAAAUCCUAUAGAAACACACGUAUUAUUUUUGAUCACGUGAAUGUGCAUUGGUGUUGAUACUUCUAUCAGAUAACAUUUUGUGGUGUUCAGAUGAGGAAAUCCAGCUUAAGACAAAACACAUAGUUAUUGUUAAAAAAAACCAGUGCAUCAUGCCAAUGUUGAUAGUGGCUUAUAACCCCUCUAGUUUACACGUGUUCUAACCUUAAAUGUGUGCUUAUCAGUCUAUAUACUUCUAUAUAUAUUCUGUGGAAAAUAUACCCCAAUCAAAACUAGGCAAGAACUUGCUCGUGAAUUUAGAACAGUUAAUCGCGACAUGAUCUGUGAUAGCUUAAUUUUGUGUCGGGAAAGCCAAGUAGUCCGCUAUUGUUCCAGUGCAUCAUUGCGUUCUGUACAUAAUCUAUGACCUUCUACACGAAAUCCAGCACCGGUCUUGCCUUCCUUCAUUAUAUAUGUGGGCGUAGUUUAAAUUAACCUUAACUAUUUUUUUUAUAACUUAUAGUUAUAGUUAUAUAGUUUCUAGUGCGUGCAUU